UGUAGCCUGAUAAAUAGUUGAAAAUGGCACAGCAAGUGCACAAAAAGCAGAAGGUGGUUGAGAAACCGGUGGAGAAGCCCGCGGAGACUGUGGAGGAGGAAGAUUGCGAGCUCAAUGGGCCACAGAUGAUAUCUAAGCUGAUUAACAAUUCCACGGGCAUUUCAUCUGGGGACAUCAAGAAGUUGCAGGAAGCUGGAUAUUACACUGUUGAAGCUGUGGCCUUUGCUCUGAAGAAGAAUUUACUGGCUGUCAAGGGAAUCUCAGAGGCGAAAGCAGAAAAAAUCCUAACGGAAGCCGCUAAGCUUGUGCCCAUGGGCUUCACUACGGCCACAGAGUAUCAUCAGAAGCGUGCUGACAUCAUUCAGCUGUGCACGGGAUCGCGGGAGUUGGAUAAACUCCUGGGCGGCGGUGUUGAGACUGGCUCCAUAACGGAGAUCUUCGGGGAAUUUAGAACGGGUAAAUCUCAGAUCUGCCACACCCUGGCCGUGACUUGCCAGCUGCCAGUGAGCCAGGGCGGAGGAGAGGGCAAGUGCCUCUAUAUUGACACAGAAGGCACUUUCCGGCCGGAUCGGCUUCUCUCCGUGGCUGAACGCUACAAGCUGAACGGGAAUGAAGUGCUGGAUAAUGUGGCCUUUGCGAGAGCAUACAACUCAGAUCACCAGAUGAGUCUGCUAACCCAGGCAGCUGCUAUGAUGAUAGAAUCUAGAUACGCCUUGCUGAUUGUGGACAGCGCCACUGCGCUCUACCGUACGGAUUACCAGGGACGCGGAGAACUCUGCAAUCGCCAAACCCACCUGGCUCAGUUCAUGAGGACUUUGUUCAGGAUUGCCGCCGAAUUCGGUGUGGCCAUUGUGAUCACAAAUCAAGUGGUGGCGACUGUGGAUGGCGCCCAGAUGUUCAAUCCCGAUCCCAAGAAGCCCGUCGGUGGGAACAUCAUUGCCCAUGCCUCGACGACUCGUCUGUACCUUCGCAAGGGUCGUGGCGAGACAAGAAUUUGCAAGAUUUACGAUUCGCCCAAUUUGCCGGAAUCUGAGGCGGUGUUUGCCAUUAAUCCGGAUGGAAUUGGCGAUCCAAAAGAGUGAAAUUCCUAUUCAACAUUUUUUUUUCUUAAUUUUAAUUAUAUUGCUGCUCCCAGUUGACUUGAAAUAAAGGAGUAA